CAAGUGAGAGACGGAAGUGUAGGAUUUGGAUCCAAGUGAAUAAGAGAAAAUAUCAACAAUUAGAAAAUAUAUACCAUUAUUCAGGUGGCCAGGGAACCCAAACAGAGUCCCGUUCAUCUGGAUCUGUGCCCCUUGGCCACCGACGGGACUAUGGCGUUUGUGACAGCGAACUGGAACCCGCUUGGGGAGGCGUUUUACAGGAAGGUCGAGCUUUAUGAGAUGGGAUGGAAUCUGAGGGAUGGGCUGAGAGACUGUCUGAUUGCUGCUGCACCCUAUGGAGGACCCAUUGCCCUUCUCCGAGAGCCCCAGAGACGUUCUCCCAAUGCCCGCCCUCAGUUGGAGAUUUAUUCUGCAUCUGGAAGCUCCCUGGCCAGCUUUGCGUGGAAGAGUGGAGUCGUGAGACACCUGGGGUGGACGGUGUGUGAUGACCUGUUGUGCAUUCAAGAGGAUGGCACUGUGCUAAUCUAUGAUCUAUUUGGCAGCUUCAAAAGACACUUCAGCAUGGGAAAUGAAGUUGUUCAGAAUCAGGUGUUGGAAGCUAAAGUGUUCCAUUCACCCUAUGGAACUGGAGUUGCCAUAGUCACAGGAGCAUUCCGGGUCACCUUGGCAACAAACAUUGAUGAUCUGAAGCUGCGGAGGCUUCCUGAAGUCCCAGGCCUGCAGGAGGCGCCCUCCUGUUGGGCUGUGUUGACUCAGGACCGACAGAGCAAAGUUCUGCUUGCAUACGGAGCAGAUCUAUUCAUACUGGACAAUACAGCCUGCACUGCAGUGACACCCCCGGGCUUGUCUCCUCAGGCCACCAGUAUAGUGAGUAUGGCCGUGUCCUUCAGCUAUAAGUACCUGGCUCUCUUCACCGACUCUGGCCACGUGUGGAUGGGCUCAUCCAACCUCAAGGAGAAACUGAGUGAGGUCGAGACCAAAUUUAGAACCCCCCCUAAGCAAAUGGCCUGGUGUCGGAGACCAAAGAGUGAGCAGCCCUCAGUGGUCAUCAUGUGGGACCGGCACCUCCUGGUGGCCGGCAAGUGUAAAGACACCAUCCAGUAUCACCUGGACGAUGACUCUGUGCUGGUCCCGGAGCUGGAUGGGGUUCGCAUCAUCAGCAGCACACACCAUGAGCUGCUGCAGGAGGUGCCAGGUGCAUGCGAGGAGAUCUUUAAGAUUGCCUCCAUGGCCCCUGGGGCCCUGCUACUAGAGGCACACAAAGAGUAUGAGAAAGAGAGCCAGAAGGCAGAUGAGUACCUGCGUGAGAUAAAGGAGCAAAGCCUUCUGGGAGAAGCCGUGCGGCAGUGUGUGGAGGCAGCAGGACACGAGCACGAACCUGAGACCCAGAAAACACUCCUGAGGGCUGCCUCCUUUGGGAAGUGUUUCCUCAGUAAUUUCCCUCCGGAUCAGUUUGUGAGCAUGUGCAGAGACCUGCGUGUUCUCAACUCUGUGCGAGACUACAUCGUGGGAAUCCCUCUCACACACACACAAUUCAGACAGAUGACCUUGCAAGUUCUUAUUGACCGGCUGGUGUACCGUAAGCUGUAUCCGCUGGCCAUUGAGAUCUGCCGCUAUCUCAAGAUCCCUGAAUACCAGGGAGUGAGCAGAGUACUGAAACACUGGGCCUGCUGCAAGGUGCAGCAGAAGGAGGAGGCGGAUGAGGUGGUGGCGCGGGCGGUGAGCAUCAAGCUGGGCGAGGCUACAGGGAUCUCCUACUCUGAGAUCGCCACCAAAGCCUACGAGUGUGGACGCACCGAACUGGCCAUCAAGUUGUUGGAGUUUGAGCCUCGCUCAGGAGAGCAGGUCCCCCUGUUACUGAAGAUGAAGCGCAGCCAGCUGGCUCUGAGCAAAGCCAUUGAGAGUGGAGACACUGAUCUGGUGUACACAGUGGUGACGUACUUGAAGAACGAGAUGAACCGAGGUGACUUCUUCAUGACUUUGAGAAACCAGCCAGUUGCCCUUAGUCUCUACAGACAGUUCUGUAAACAUCAAGAACAGAACACCCUGAAAGACCUCUUUAACCAAGAUGAUGACCAUCAGGAAUUAGGGAACUUCUAUGUGAAGGCCAGCUACAAAGAGAAGAGGUUGGAAGCCCGUUUGUCCCUACUACAGAGUGCUGUUGAUGAAUACAAUAAAGCGAAGAACGAGUUUGCUGCCAAGGCGACGGAGGAUGAGAUGCGCCUGCUGCGGUUCCAGAAGCGUCUGGAGGACGAUAAGGGUGAGCACCUGAUGGGCCUGAGCCUGCAGGCCACGCUGCAGGUGCUGCUCAGCAUCGGCCUCCACAAGCAGGCCGAGCAGCUCUACAAGGACUUCAGGGUCCCCGACAAGAGGUACUGGUGGCUGAAGCUUACUGCCCUUGCUGAAAAGGAGGACUGGGAGGAAUUGGAGAAAUUUGCAAAGAGCAAGAAAUCGCCCAUCGGAUAUCUGCCUUUUGUAGAGGUGUGUGUCAAGAGGCACAAUAAAUAUGAGGCCAAGAAAUAUGUGUCAAAGGUGAUGCCAGAGCAGAAGGUGAAAGCUCACCUGGCAGUUGGUGAUCUGGAGGGGGCUGCGGACACAGCCAUCGAGCGGCGUAACGAGAGCGAGAUCAGCACCGUGCUCUCCCGCUGCUCGGCCUCGACCGACCGCGCCGUUAUGGAGCGCCUCAACCGAGCCGGCACCAAAAAGUGACCUUUGACCUUUGACUCUGAGCUCGCCUGGCACCCCAUCAGAGAGAGUCUCAUUUUCGACUGGCGCGAAGGGCAGCUUCUAUCUCCACCUUGUUAUAGAGUGACAGAAAUAAAGCAGUCUGGAAAGUAUUUCUGAAAAAAAAAAAAAACUGUCAACUGAUGGCUGAAUUGAGAAGGAUAAAGUACCCCUUGAACUCUGCACUCAGUUGUUCAGCCCCAGUCCUGGCCUUACACUUUUCCCUAAUGGGAAAGCAUGUGUUUGUGUGUUGUGCGUCGAUUUGUUUUACUUUAUUUUGUACAUACUGUAUCUCAAGUCUAAUGAAGAGCUUGAUAGAGAUUAGCACUUUUGCAUUCUUACACAUAAAUGCUUCUCGUUUGCUUUCAUGACUGUGUUUAUAAUAAUUUGCAAUACAGUGAGAUGCAUUGUCUCAUUAAACAUAUUAGAUGUUCA